AUGGCCACACCGCGCGACACGGGCUUUGACGCCCUCAAGACCGCCAUCAACGACAUUGGCAAGGCCGACGAGACGCGCGUGCGCAUCGAGAAGCUCUUCUCCGACCUCCUCAGGGCCGAGCUCAACAUCGGCAUGUCUUCCACCCAGGUCUCAGCCGCCUACCGUGACGCCCUCGUGGCCUUCCUUAGGGGUCUGCCCGACUACCUCAAGGGAGGGCCCCUCCCCUCCCCCGAGGUUGUCCAGGCCACCGCCACUGACAAGCACCUCACUACUCAAAACUUCCUCGCCUCAAAAGCCCUCACAGCCCUCGACGCCAUCGACGACAACAUCGGUGUCGACAAAGUACGCCCGGCCUUCAUCAUGGGCCUCCAGCCGCUCUUCCUCAUCAAGGACAAGUUCUCCACAAACAUGGCGGACUACCUUACCCACUGCCACUGGUCCUGUCUCGGCCGCCAGGUCCCGCCUGGCACAAAAGAGACGACAUCUUUGGCAAAAGGUUGCAUCGGCUCCCAAAUCGAUCGGGACUCGAGCGAUGAAGAGAACGACGACGAUGACGAGGAGCACAGCGACGAGUGUUGCACGUGCGCUAGCUUGCCGGCAGAAGACGGCCUGGACGGGAGACCCCCCGAAGCCAUGGCAAAGCGCCUUCACCAUCUGCCAUGCGAUCUCACCUGCCCCAAAAAGUGCGCUCACUGCGGGAUGGCGGACCCGUCCCUCGUCUGCGGUGACUGUGCCGUCAAGAACAACGACGUUGUUGCCGUCGGCACGGGCUACUGCAACGCAGAUUGUCAGGCACAACACUGGGGCCAGCACAGAGAACACUGCUUCGCCCAGCGCAAGCUCAAGACCGUGGUCGAGGUGAUUACCAAGACCCUUUACACCAUGGAGUCGGACGCCUGUGGCAUCACCUUGCGAGCGACGCGCGUCGGCAGAGACGCCUUGCCUGUGGCAGAACUGCGCUUUAAUCCGGACGAGGUCCUGUGUGGCGGGCCACUGCUGAGGCCUUUCCCAUGGCGGGACUUCCCCUCGGAUCUGUGCGCGGAGCAGGUGCUCUGGCAUGGCGUUGGGGAGUCCAUGCCCAUGAUUCAGACGUACCUUGUCAAGUGGAUGCUGGCCACCAAGCUCGACAUCUUUUACCGCAUCGAAGAAUAUCGGCUGCAAGUCAAGAACGUCCCCUUGUCCUUCAUUAUCGAUUCGGACCAGUACAUCACCACGCCGCUGUCGCACGGCCGCACCGUCCAGUCACGCGUCUCCAGCAUUGCCACGGCUUUGGCCGUGCACACCGUCCACCGCAUUGUCUUCCGCAACGGCGAGGACUUUGCCAUCGACUACUGUGCGCCCCGGUUCGGCUGGAGGGAGACGAUCUCGCGCUGGAGCCACUUUGUCUCCCAGCGCGUCUAG